CAACAAGCAACCAAAGCAACCUUAAGCUAGUAGCCAAACACAACACAAAUUUAAACAGAUCGAACGUAGUGGCAAGCAAUGGCGGCAAAGAUGGCGACGAUGGUGGCUCUGGUGUUCGGCCUCGCGCUCCUCCUCUCCGCCGCCGCCCCGGCGGCCGCGCAGAACUGCGGCUGCCAGGACGGCUACUGCUGCAGCCAAUGGGGGUACUGUGGCACGACCGAAGCAUACUGUGGCCAAGGGUGCCAGUCAGGGCCGUGCUGGGGCAGCGGCGGCGAGGCCGCCGCCGGGAUGGCGGGCAGAAAGGCCGGCGCCGGCGGCUCCGGCGUGUCUGUGGAGAGCGUGGUCACCGAGGCGUUCUUCAACGGGAUCAAGAACCAGGCCCCGAACGGCUGCGCCGGUAAGAGCUUCUACACACGGCAAUCGUUCCUGAACGCCGCCCGCUCCUACUCGGGCUUCGCCAAUGACCGCACCAACGACGACUCCAAGCGCGAGAUCGCUGCCUUCUUCGCGCAUGUCACACACGAGACUGGACAUAUGUGCUACAUCAAUGAGAUAAAUGGGGCAAACAUGGACUAUUGUGACAAGAGCAACAAACAGUGGCCGUGCCAGCCGGGCAAGAAGUACUACGGACGCGGGCCGCUGCAGAUCUCAUGGAACUUCAACUACGGGCCGGCGGGAAAGAACAUCGGGUUCGACGGGCUAAGGGACCCAGACAAGGUGGCGCAGGACCCGACAAUCUCUUUCAAGACGGCGCUCUGGUUCUGGAUGAACAACGUGCACCAGGUGAUGUCGCAGGGGUUUGGCGCCACCAUCCGGGCCAUCAACGGUGCGCUCGAGUGCAACGGGAAGAACCCCGGUGCCGUCAACGCAAGGGUAAACUACUACAAGGACUACUGCCGCCAGUUCGGCGUCAGCCCGGGGGGCAACCUCUACUGUUGAGUUGCAUGCACACGCUGCUCGGCUCAUCGUGAUCGACUGAAUAAUGAACAGAGUAAUAAUAAUGAAUAAAACGUUUGGUGCGUACGUACAUUGCAUACGUGCACGGUACGUACAUGCUGGAAGCUAAGUGACGUCAAAGAGUUUAGUACUAAAAAGUGAUCUUUCUAUUCGAUGUUACUCUAUCUUAGGGCGGAGUAAGUAUAAAUGUGUAAUAAGAAAUAAAAUGUUAGGAUCGCGGGAUCGAAAGAUGAGUAAACAUGUGUACCGGUGGACCACUUAAAUAAUUAUUUCUCCAACCCAAGUACUUUCAUGCUUUUCCAUGAUCAAUUCAAUACGUAAAAAUUUUCCGUUGA